GGGAUUUGCAGCUCCGGAGGUUCCUGGUUCAGAAAGAUGACAGAGGUGCUGGAUCUCCAUGAACAGGACUCCGAUGGGGAGAGUGAGGAGGUGGUCCUAACGCCUGCAGAGCUCAUUGAAAGGCUAGAGCAGGCAUGGAUGAAUGAAAAGUUUGCCCCUGAGCUACUGGAGAGCAAGCCUGAAAUUGUGGAGUGUGUCAUGGAACAGCUACAGCACAUGGAAGGAAAUCUCAGAAGAGCCAGAAACGGGGAUCUGAAGGUCAGUAUUCACCAAAUGGAGAUGGAGAGGAUCCGCUAUAUCCUUAGCAGCUACUUGCGGUGUCGACUCAUGAAGAUAGAGAAGUUUUUCCCUCACAUCCUAGAAAAGGAGAAAAUGCGCCCUGAGGGGGAGCCUUCCAUCCUUUCUCCAGAGGAGUUUGUCUUUGUCAAAGAGUACAUGGAUCACACAGAGACCCAUCUUAAAAAUGUUGCCUUAAAGCACAUGCCUCCCAACCUGCAGAAAGUGGAUCUCUUAAGGGCAGUUCCCAAACCAGACCUAGAUUCAUACGUGUUUCUGAGAGUGAAAGAGCGACAAGAAAACAUUCUAGUAGAGCCAGAAGCAGAUGAGCAGAGAGAUUACGUUAUUGACUUGGAGGAGGGCUCACAGCACUUGAUCCGAUACAAAACCAUUGCACCUCUUGUCGCUUCUGGAGCAGUUCAGUUAAUAUAAAACAGCACAAACAAUCCUGAGGACGUGGUCAACACUAGA